AUGGACACUGAGACUUACAGCUCUCACCUACCAUCCAUCGCACAUGUCGAGGUGCGUCUUCGUGCUACCUCUGAUGCGCAUGUAUCCGAAAUAGAAACGGCUGUUCGUGCCCUUCUUGACAAGAUACCCCUUGUCGAAUGUGAGAGUGAUUUGCGUGGAUGGCAGCAAAAUGCGUUUUUGGCCGAACACGUCGAUCGCAUCUAUGUGGCUGAAGCGGAUGAGCCGGGCAUAAAGACGGUAUCUCCAACGAAUGGAAAAUUCGAAUUCCACACCUACCAGCCGUGUCCUGUGGAUAAUAUUGACGAGUUUGGUGUGGGCGAGGCAGACACAUCCGACAAUGCUGUGGCAGCUACACUUUGUGAACUACCCAAUCACAGUCUUGACGGCGUUUGGAACAGUUUGGUCUAUGAAGAUGAUGUGAAAUGGCGCCUGCUGCGUUACAUCUAUUCGACCAUACUGUUUUCUGAUGCAGAUGUCGAUUUUCAUCUCAUUGCUUGGAACAGGGUCGUUCUUCUGCAUGGACCACCUGGUACUGGCAAAACGUCCCUCUGUCGCGCACUUGCUCAGAAGCUUUCUAUUCGCUUGCAUGAGCGUUAUACCCAUGGAAAGCUCGUUGAAAUCAAUUCGCACUCCCUCUUCUCAAAAUGGUUCUCGGAGUCUGGCAAGUUAGUCCACCGCUUGUUUGAUAUGGUGUCUCAGCUUGUGGAGGAUGAAACAGGCUUUGUCGUUGUACUUAUCGAUGAAAUCGAGAGUCUAUCAAAGGCCCGAAGCUCGGUUGCCACGGGUGCAGAGCCGAGCGACUCGAUCCGUGUUGUCAAUGCACUACUCACGGAACUCGAUAAACUGAAACAUAAACGCAACGCACUGGUGAUGACAACAUCCAACCUCUCAGAUUCCAUCGAUACCGCUUUUUUGGACCGCGCAGAUAUUCGCCAGUACAUCGGACCACCAGGCACCGAGGCCAUCUACUCCAUUUUACGCUCAUGUCUGAUCGAGUUGAUCCGUGCAGGGCUCGCACAAGAAGAAUGCAUCCCCUCGUAUGGAGCCAUCGAUGCAUCGGACAAUAAAGUAGCGCAUCAACUUCGUCACCUUGCAGAGUACUGCCACGGCGCCUCUGGUCGAUCAUUGCGACGUUUACCCGUGCUUGCACAUGCACAAUACCUACACGCUCCAGGUGCCUUUUCCUGUGCAGAGUGGAUCGGCGCCAUGCAGCGCACAUUUGAAAACACAUCCUUAUCAUAG